GACUGGAGAGACUGAGGGAAAACAAUGUCACUUUACAAAAAUGUAGGCUUCCCCUUCCCAGGCCAGGUGUAGUGGAGAGAGCUGAGGUGUUUUGUCUUGAACUCUGUCUCUAUCUCCAUGUGGGCUGAGAUGCUGGCAGCCACUGCUCACUGUUUGCCAUCUGACAGUCCCAAACUGUCUAGCACAACCCAUCUUCCAGCUCCAUGGCUCUAUCUGAACUUCAGUUUUCAAAAAAUCCCUCUUCCUUGGCAGACACCCUUGGGACUGAAAGGCAUUUUCAAUGGAAAAUGAGGAUGUAUAGAGAUGGGGCUGGAGAAGGGAGGAACUGAAGUUAUACGGAGGCCAUUUGGUGAUUGCCAGGAUGAGCUGAGAUGUUGCACCUCGAGUAAUAAUGAAUGAAGAAAAAUACUGUCCUACUUUCUCUCCCCUGGCUCUUUCAUCUCUUCCAGUUCAUGCUGUUUUCUUCUCCCAUAUGCCUCCCAGCAGAGGGGAGGUGUUUAGCCAGUACUGCAGUGGGGGCUAGCUGAGUCUCUGUCAUCUCCAAAUAGGACAUCUGCAGCCAAGAGGCUCACCAGCCAAGCCCAGGACUGCCCUGAGUGCCUGCCAUAAGGACAGGCUCAGUGUGAUUCCGUCAUUGGCUGGGUUUCUUGUCCCUUUCAUAGAGACACCUCCAAUUGGGUUAGAUUGACAAAUAUAUCUUGGGGCUGGUGCAUGGCCCAAGAAAGCUAAAACACUGAUGUAGCUCCAUGGGUGUGAAUCAGAGACUGGGGCUGGAUGUGGAACUGAGCCAUUCCUUGGCUGGGGCUCUAGGAGGAAAACCCUCCCCACUGUCAGCAAGUCCCAGGCCUGAUCUGACCUUAGAGCUGAAGAGGCACCUCCUUCAGACCCUGCCCCAGCUACAGACCCAGAGGUGUUCUCCACCCUGCCACGCCCCAUGCCAGAGCUCAGCUGGGGCUCUCUUGUCAGGGCAGAGGAGAGGUUUCGAUGUAGUGCUGCCUCUUGUGAUCUACUGUCCUGGCUGACUGAGAUGUGACCUGGCUCAGAAGGUACAUGUCACUGAGUAUCUGAGAUCCUACAGGACUGUCAGUGUCUGGAAGGGGACCUGCAAAUCCUAGAGGGGCUGAAUCAGGCACCUGUCUCCCAGGGCUGUGUUGCUGUAGCUCACUGGAGUCAUACCCCUCACCUGAAAAACGCAAGAAACGCUGCAAAUUACCCAAGGCAGAGAAUAUGACAGGACUGAGGAGAUGCAUCAAAAUCUUCAACCAAAAUGUUAAUAAUCAGUGCUUCACCAUUUCAGACAGACUUAACUUGUCUGUCCAUUGCCACACUGGAGAGAAUAAAACCAAAAUACCUGAGCAAAUAAAAAACUUCAAUCCAUUUGCAAAUAUAAAGCUGAGGCCUCCAGGAGACCUUCAGGUGGUUAACAUAACUGAAAACACCUCCAACCUAACAUGGAGCUUGAAUAUUUCCUCUCACUAUUUGGAUGGGAUGCGGGAGUACCAAGUGCGGUACCGACACGUGAGCCAGUCCUGGGAGGAGGCUACAAACUUGCCCAUUGAACAGGAUCAGAUGUGGACAAAUUUUGAGAGACUCUCAUCCAACUCUAAAUAUGAGGCAGCUGUCCGUGCAAGGCCAAGUGCCAGGAGCACAUACAAAGGCACGUGGAGUGACUGGAGCAAGCCGGUCCUGUGGAGGACACACGCUGACCAUAAGGGAACAUCCCAGCCAGUCCUGCCAGUCCUGAUAGUGAGCACUUUCAUCUUUGUGAUCAUUGGGACUGCCUUCCUCAUUAACUUACGGGCCCUGAAAUGGUUUAAGAAGAUCCUGAAGAUUCACAUCCCAGACCCUGAGAAGUUUUUUCCCCCACUUGUUUCAGUUCAUGGAGGUGACAUUCAGAAAUGGCUUUCCUCCCCAUUCUCCACAUCUUCCUACUGCAUGAACAGCACAAUCCCAGAGAUCUCCAUGCUCGAGGUGAUGCAGAAGAAUGACCAGGAAUCCCCGUUUCUACUUUCCAAGGGAGCCCUGACUCCUGAUCCUCCCAUAGAAAUCAGUGUGCACUCUGGAUCCAGCUGCUUCACCAACCAAGGCUACUUCUUCUUCCACCUUUCCAACUCCUUUGAGAUCGAGCCCUGUCAGGUCUACUUCACCUACGAGCCUUUCAGCCAGGAGGGCAGUGGCAGCAAGGAUGGCAACUGUUACCAGGCUCUCCCCUCUCCAGACCUCUGCACACUGGCAGAGGACAUGAAUGUGUUGCCCAACAACUUCUUUCACUGUAUCGAGGCAGCCCAGGGCUCCCAAAAGAGCUCCUUCAUGGAAGAGACAGCAGGUGAAGCCCACCAGGCCAUGGCUGUUCCUGGGGCUCUCCAGUCGAGGGAAGGCACUUCACCAACACCGCUUCUGGAACAGGAUGAGAAGGUGCUGGACAAAGCAGUUUCACAACCAGCUGAGGCCGUGUUCCAGCUGGACACUGACUUUCCUGGCCCACUGGAGCUGCAGGACAGCAACACUGUCAGUGUAAUGGAGGGCAGUGGGAAGGGGGAGCCUCCAGCUGACCCCUGCACACCAGCAGCAAAUGCUGCCUCUUCCUUCUCCCAGCGUCCACCUCCAAUGCAAAGACAGGAUGAGGAGCCGUGCAAAACAGCCUUCUCCAGCCAGGUCCCAAACACUGGUGCCUAUCUUUCUCUGAGGGACCUUCAAAGCCAAUACAGCCAUUGUUCUGUCUAGGAUCUGCCUGGAGGAGACCCACAGGUGGGAAAGGCCACCUCUGCAGGGAAGGCUGGAUGGACAGUUUCUAUCCUUAGGACACGAGUGUAACUUCAGCAUCAAUCCCAUUGGGACUGCUCACUAACGAGGCUGGAGAACACAGCCCAACGAGGACUUACCUUCAAGCAAAUCUGUUUUUCUUUUACUGCUGGCUCCGAUGGCAUAGAAACUCCUCACACUUCUCAAGUGACACUCCAAACUUCACCAAUUCUUUUUUCCCUUCCCAGCUCCUGGUAGGAGUCUGUGUCACCAUUUCCAUGCUCUGCAUUUUGAUGUAAAGUAUCACUCAGCUUUGAGGCUGAGCAGGCAUAUGAUCAGUUUGCCUCAUACUGGCCUAAAAACCUCUAGUGGGACAGAGAAAUGCCUGAAGAUGUGGAUGUUAGAUUUUAUACAGGGGCCAAUAGCACUGCCAGUCAGUGCUGGGGUUGAUGAUGAAAUGCAUGAAGACAUCUCCUCCUGACUGACCAAGGGUGUGAUUUUUUUCUAUGAUGUCCUCCUUUAAGUUUUAAUCAGAGAUCACAUUCUAAGCUACUUGGUCCAGCUUUACACUUUAGAGUCUAGACCUUGGAGUCUCUAAGGCUGGCUCAGAGCCACAAAUGCAUCAGCUGUCUAAGCAGUGCAGUGUAAAAAAGAAAUCCCCAUUAUUGAGUUAAAAAUACUGGGGAAAUCCCCUCCCUCUCUUUCUUUCCUCCAGCUCUGAUGGUGGCAGUAAAAAGAACUCACAAAGUUUCCCAUUCUUGCUACAAUAUUUUUCAUGAAAUCAAAAGCCUUUCUGCCCUGCUGGCAAACUACAGUUAUUUGACUAUGAUAAGCUGAUUGCAGAAUAGUUCAUCCCACAUCCUGUAUAAGUGGAAAACAUCACAGCAGUGCUGCCCAUUCCUUCCACUGCUGAAGGGAAACCAUUGCCUAAUUAGCAGCAAAGAUGUGGUGAAUAAGCCCAGAAAACUAACCCACGAAUCAGCACCUUUACUCAAAAGAAAACCUCAAUCCAUUUGCAAAGAACGGGGAUAGCACAGACUUUGUUUUUCUUCUUCCUCUACAUGCCCUGAUCUGGCUUAGAAAAAGCCACAGAAGAAAAUGGGUAUGGCAAAGGAAGAUCCCUGCAUUCACCAUUUGUACCAUCUGUCCAUUUUCUUACUGCAUUUCUGGAUUUUUCAGCAGUGGGAAAAUACCAGCCGUGUGCGAAGAUUUCUUCUUAUCUCUUAAAGACUCUUCAAAGAGAAUUCAUACCAAAAAGUUCAAGGAUAUUGAACAUGUUAACACUUCUGUCACAGCUGUGAGUGUCAGCUAGAGCUAAUUCUCUCCUAUCUCUGUUUGGCCAAGCAUUGAGAUUCCUGCUCCUAAACUGUUACCUGACAUUCAGUAUGCAUCUGAAAGUCAUUAUGAGUCCCAGGUGCAGGCUCACCCACUGGCUUGGAUUUCACCUAAAAAGGGCUGUACAGAGGGGUUGAGCCUACUUGUUGCUGGGAGGUCUUGGGGAACUCUUCCUCUCCUCACAUCAGCUCCUUCACCAUCUGUCUCAGGACACAGACUGCUCCAUUGUGUCCAGGAGAAAACAGGAGACACAACUUCCCAGAUAGGGAAGUACGAGUCUUUCCCAGCUGUUUCCUGUACUUUGAGAAUCUUCCCAGAUGGACUUUGAAAAUCUUCCCAGAGACACUGACUCCCUUGCCUCUGAUGGGCAGUUUGCUAUCUUACAUGGGUCAAGGAUCCAAGCUGCACUGUCCCCAUGUAGACUUUCUUAAGCUCUUCUAUUUUCCUUCAUAGAAUCAUUAAGGUUGGAAAAGACCUUCAAGAUUAGUCCAAAUUUUGACUGAAUACUACCAUGCCCACUAAACUAUAUUGCAAAGUACCACAUCUACUUGUUUACCAAACACUUCCAAAGAUGGUGACUCCACCACUUUCCUUGAGAGCCUAUUCCAAUGUUUAAUCACUCUUUCAGUAAAGAAUUUUUUCCUGAUAUCCAACUUGAACUUCCCCUGAUGCAAUCUGAAGUAUUUUCCUCUUGAUCUAUCACUUGUUAUCUGGAAGAAGAGACUGACCUCUACUUUGCCACAACUUCCUCUUAGAGCGUUGUAGAGAGCAAUAAAGUUACCCUUGAGCCUUCUUUUCUGCAGGCUAAACAGCCCCAACAAUCCCUCAGCUUGUGCUCCAUACCCUUCACCUUCUCUAUUGCCCUUCUCUGGACAUGCUCCAGCACCUCAACGUCCUUCCUGUGCUGAGCAUCCCAAAACUGAAUACAGGAUCUGAGGUGUGGCCUCUGUACAGGGGGGAUGAUCCCUUUUCUGGCCCUGCUGGCCACAUCAUUCCUGGCACUAGCCAGGAUGUCAUCAGCCUUCUUGGCCCCCUGGGCACACAUGGCUCGUGUUCAACCACCACUGCAUGUCGUCUCCCCCUGGGCAGCUUUUCAGCCACUCUUCCCCCAGUCUGCAGCACUGCAUGGUGCUGUUGCCACCCUGUUGCUAACAGGACCUGAUACCUUGUUGAACCUCAUACCAUUGGCCUUGGCUCAUCAAUCCAGCCUGUCCAGACCCCUCUGCAGAGCCUUCCUACCCUGCAGCAGAUCAACACUUCUCCCCAACUUGGUGUCAUCUGUAAACUGAACAAAGGGGAGCUCUUGAUCCCCUCAUCUAGGUUUUCAACAGAUAUUAAACAUCUGGCCCCUAUACUAAGCCUUGUAGAACACCACUGGCUGCCAAGUGGAUUUAACCCCAAUCACCACAACUCUGGGUUUGGCCAUGCAGCCAGUGUUACCCAGCAAAGAGUACACACAUCUAUGCCAUGGGCUGCCAGUUUUUCCAGGACAAUGCUGUGGUAAGAUAGUGUAAAAGGUUUCACUAAAAUUAUGUAGACACCAUCCACAGCCUUUCCCUCUUCCUCUAAGCAAAGUUCACCCUGUCAUAGAAGGAGAACAGGCUGGUCAAGCAGGACAAGCUUUUCCUAAACCCAUGCUGGCUAGGCUUGAUCCCUUUGUUGUUCUGCACCUGCCAUGUGAUGGCACUCAAGGUGACCUGUGCCAUGAUCUUCUGUGGCAUGAAGAUCAGAUUGAUGGGCCUGUAGUUCUCAGCUCCUCCUUCCAGCCCUUUUUGUAGAUGGGUAUCAUGCUGGCUAACCUCCAGUCACCUGGGACCUCUCUGGCUAGCCAGGACUGCUGAUAGAUGAUGGAAAGUGGCUUGGUGAGCUCUUCUGCCAGUUUUCUCAGUGCCCUUGGGUGGACCCCAUCCAGCCCAGAAAAUUUGGGAGUGUCUAAGUGGCACAGCUGGUCACUAACUACUUCCUCCUGGAUUAUAGGGGGUUUAUUCUGCUCCCUGUCUUUGCCCUCUAGCUCAGGGGGGUGGGUACCUCGGAGACAUCUGGUCUUUCUGUUAGAGACUGAGGCAAAGAAGGCAUUAAGUAGCUCAGCCUCAUCCUUAAUGACAAUAUUCCCCUGCCAAGUCAAAUAAAGGAUGCAGCUUCUCCUUGACCCUCUUUUUGUUAUUAAUGUAUUUGUUAUUUUUGAUAACAGUAGCUAGAUUGAGUUCUAGCUGGACUUUCUCCUUUCUAAUUUUCUCUCUGCAGGACCAAACUAUAUAUCCGUACUCUUACUGAGUACAUCUUGCUGCUAAGAUGAGUACAAAAAAACAGAUUAGCUUCUUUGUAAA